CCUAUAUAAGAGGAGGAUAAGCAAUAGGGUUUCCAUUUCAUUCACGCAGCGGCUCUUCGCCAUCUGAUUCUUCACGCCUCUGCGGCGGAUUUUUCACUCUCUUUUUAUCGUAAACAUGAUCAUUCCGAAGAAGAAUCGCCAUGAGAUCUGCAAGUACCUCUUUCAAGAGGGAGUGCUCUACGCGAAAAAGGACUACAACCUCGCCAAGCAUCCGGAGAUCGACGUGCCCAAUCUGCAGGUGAUCAAGUUGAUGCAGAGCUUCAAAUCGAGGGAGUACGUGAGGGAGACCUUUGCCUGGCAGCAUUAUUACUGGUAUCUCACGAAUGAUGGUAUUGAGUACCUCAGAACUUUCCUUAAUCUCCCAUCUGAGAUUGUUCCUGCGACGUUGAAGAAAUCUGCUAGGCCUCCCGCUCGCCCAUUUGGCUCUGGUCCUCCGGGUGACCGUCCCAGGGGGCCGCCAAGGUUUGAGGGAGACAGACCGAGAUUUGGUGAUCGGGAUGGUUAUCGUGGAGGUCCACGCCCAGGGGGUCCUCCAGGAGAGCUUGGUGACAAGGGCGGCGCCCCGCCUGAAUUCCAGCCGUCAUUCAGGGGUUCUGGUAGCAGGCCUGGAUUCGGACGUGGAGGUGGAGGAUACGGAGCUGGUUCGGGGGUUGGAUCUGCUUCUCUUCAGUAGAAAGAUUUCCAGACUUGAGAGUUAUUCUUCAACUGUGAGAAAUUGCACAAGUUCAAACUAAUCCCCUCUCAAAAUUGGGAUUCUAUUGCAAACGGCAUUUGUUCAAUAAUUAUCUUCUAGAUUUCAUCAAAA